GCCCGGGGCUGGGGGAGGCCGGGGGCGGUGCUGAGCCGGGCCAGGGGUUGGGAAGCAGCCCGGAGACCCCAGCCACCAUGAAGGGGCAGCGCAGGCUGGUGGGGGAGCCCCUGGAGAUCCAGGUUGUGAGGGUGAAGGAGGAAGAGGAGGAGGAAGGAAGUGGGUGCCCCGAGUACGUCUUGGAGCCGCUGUGCCAGGAGGGGGCCAGUGGCCUCGUCACCCGCUGCCACGCCCGCCUGGGGCCACGCCCGGUCCUUGCCCAGCCCUCCCUGCCGGCAGUGCCCCCACAGCCCCGUGCCGGGCGGGAAACCGCCCCCCCGGCUAAGCCCUAUGCCUGCUCUUUCUGCCCCAAGCACUUCAAGCGCUCCUCGGACCGGCGGGACCACGAGCGGGUGCACACGGGCGAGCGCCCCUACCGCUGCCGGGUGUGCGGCAAGCGCUUCACCCAGUCCUCGGUGCUGACCGGCCACAUGCGCAUCCACACGGGCGAGCGCCCCUUCUGCUGCCCCGUUUGCGCCAAGAGCUUCAACAACGCCUCCAACUUCAAGAAACACCAGCGCAUCCACGCCCAGCCCCUGGGCAGCGAAAUCGGCUGCCCUCCCGCCCCCCUGAGCCAGCGGGACACUGGUGGGGGUGCCAAGGACCUGGCGCGAGACAGCGGUGGUGACGCCAAGGGGCUGGCACUAACAUGGGUGCCCCUGGGGUCCUCUGCCAAAGGCCCCAGGCCUGACUUCCUGGCUAACGGUGUGUGCCCGGUGGCGGUGGGGCUGGCGGAAAGCCGGUGCCCCGGGGCAUGGCGGUGUCUGGCAGUGGAGCGAGAUGCAGAGCAGGGCUCCCCUGUCCCUGGCACGGGUGCCCGGCUGUCCCCCGGUGACUUGGGCUGCGGGGAAGCUGGCGAUGGAGGAAGAGCAGCUGAGGAAGAGGAGGGUGGUAGUGCUCGCUGCUUCUUGCUGGAAAAGCUGGACCGGGCGCCCCAAUUGUGCCCAAGCCCUGAUGCCCACGAGCUGGGUGUGCCAGUCCAUGCCCCUCCCUGGGGCCUUAGCCCUGCUGUUCCUGGACAGGGCAAGCUGGUCCAUGCCACUCCCUGGCGCCCGAGCCCCAGUGCCCAUUCCCCACGUGGCAGGCCGCCCGCCCCCCUGCCCGAUGCCCAGCAAUACAUCUGCUUCGUGUGCUCCAAGCGUUUCAAGCGGGCCACGGACCUGAAGGAGCACCUGCGGGUGCACACGGGCGAGCGCCCCUUCGCCUGCGGGGUCUGCAGCAAGCGCUUCACCCAGUCCUCGGCCCUGUCCACCCACCAGCGCAUCCACACGGGCGAGCGCCCCUUCCGCUGCCCCGUCUGCCCCAAGAGCUUCAACAACGCCUCCAACUUCGCCAAGCACCGGCGGGUGCACUCGGGGGAGCGCCCCCACCGCUGCGCCCUGUGCGGAAAGAGCUUCCAGGAGCGCCGGUGGGUGGUCCGGCACCUCCGGGCCGUGCACCCGCCGCUGGGAUAUCGGAAGAACCAAUACUGACCAACUGUUCAAAUUUCCAGCCAUGGUGGAGACCGUUCGGGUGAGCUCCUCCUCCGGACACUGCAGCACCCUGUACACGUGUUUGACUGGCACCUGUGAGUCAUUUAAAGCUUGGCUGAUGAGUUUUUUCACUUUUUGGGGGGUGGAAGAAAACCAUAGCAGUGCACAGUUGGUGAGUAUUUUUCACCGGCACGGCAAACAUUUCCCACGCGUGUGGCACGUUUUUUUGUGAUUUCCCCCCUCUCACACACACCUUUUUCUCCAGGAGGUUUUUGUAGAUUCCAAGGCCAGAACUGACGUCUGUGAUCAGCGAAUCUGACCCCCCCGUAGAGCCCUAGGCCAGAGACGAGCCCCGAAAGACUCCCCAGAGCAGCUGUUAGAAAACCAGCCAAUCUGGAUUUAACAAUUGUCAGUGAUGGAGAAUCCGCCAUGACCCUGGGGGAAUUGUUCUGAGGGUUAAUUACACUCACCAUUGAAAAUGUACUCCUUAUUUUCCGGUCGGAAUUUGUCUAAUGUUAGCUUCCAGCCAUUGGACGCUGUUAGACCUCCCUGUGCUGGAUUGAAGAGCUGGUUAGUAUAUAUUUGUUCCCCAGGGAGGUACUGAUCGCCAGGGAACAAGUCACCCCUCUUCUCUCUGUGAAGCUAACAAGAUCGAGCUCCUGGAGUCUCUCCCUCUCAGGCGGGUUUUCUCACCCUUUAGCCGUUCUCCCGGCUCUGCUCUGACCCCUCUCCGAUUCAUCACCAUCCUUCCUGAAUGGUGGGACCAGAACUGGACACGGGAUCCCAGCAGCAGUCGCCCACAGGGCCAGAUCCAGGGGUAAAACUCUGCGCCUACGUGAGACUGUGACCCUCAGAACUGGCUCACGCGUAAAGUGAGGCCGAUGGGCGAGAGCAGCUGAAAUACCUUGGCGCCGCUGGGCCCCAAUCCUUAAUUCCGCAGCCCGGGAUUGAGUUUUCUCAGUGCUCCACAAACCCAACGACGCGGCUCGGCUUCCUCGCCCUUCGGCUUGAUCCCGCCUAGAAACUUGACCUCGGGAGUUUGAAAGGAUCUGCCCAAGUGCCCCCGUCCUUCCCUUCCUCCAGGGCUGCGGUUUCACAGCUUUCCUCCUCCUGAGACUCGCCAGGGAAGAACGUCUCUGGGGGCGAGAUUUCUGCUAGCAGAGGGACCCAGUUCAGCAGGGCGGAAGCCAGAGACAUUCAGGCUUAGAAAUAAGGGGCGUGUUUUUCACAGGGUGGGGGGAAUUCAGCACUGGGGCAGCUCAUCAGAGGAGAGGGUGGCAUCUCCACCAGCAGGAGGCGCUAAAUCAAGCUUGGCGCUAGCUCGACGAUCAGAUAUGGGCUGGCUGCAGGGAGCUCGGAGUGGCAAUUCUCUGGCCUGGGAGGACCUGCGUGGUCCUACAUCUAGGCUGGGAGUUUCUGAAGGCACCAGCUCCAGCUCCCUUGGGGAGACGCCGAACUCAGCAUCGCAUUUGUCGCCCACGUCACCAGCUGUUCGUGCCACCAUGAAGUCCCUCUCUGGUCCCAACAGCCACGUGCCCCUCGCCUUGUCCCGUCGCAGCGCAUGGGCCUGGUACCAGCGAGGCGUCCCCUCGGCCCGUGGAAGGCGGACACCGCCGAGGGAGUUACCGGUGGCUGUGGGCGGGUGGGGGCUAAAUUCCCUGGCCGUGGGCGGGAUCUCUCUGCUUGUAGCAGGCGCCUGGGAUAGUUUCAGCCUCACGGAUCCAUCCCCGGAGCCCUUCUAUUAAAUCCCGUUGGCAGAUCACA